AUGGACGCAAUUAGGGUUUGUGCGGAAGUUCCUGGAUCUUCGAAAUCGUCUGGCCCCUCUCUUACGGAGUCGACCUCUCGGACGGAAACAAUCAAUGGCUCCCACGAAUUCAAGAUCAGCGGCUACUCUCUGGCGAAAGGGAUGGGAAUAGGCAAAUACGUCGCCUCGGAUACGUUCAUGGUCGGUGGCUACUCCUGGGCGAUCUACUUCUACCCAGAUGGAAAGAGUCCAGAGGAUAAUUCCGUGUACGUGUCUCUGUUCAUAGCUCUCGCGAGCGAAGGAGCUGAUGUUAGGGCUUUGUUUGAGCUUACUCUCGUGGAUCAAAGCGGCAACGAAAGGCACAAGGUCCAUAGCCAUUUCGGUAGAACUCUCGAAAGCGGACCCUAUACUCUUAAAUACCGAGGAAGUAUGUGGGGAUACAAACGCUUUUUCAAGAGGUCUCUUCUUGAGUCAUCGGACUAUCUCAAGGACAAUUGCCUCUUGGUGCGGUGCUGUGUCGGCGUGGUGAAGUCGCGCACGGAGGGUCCGAGGAGUUACAAUAUUCCGGUGCCGGUUUCCGACUUGGGCCAACAGUUCGGAAAGCUUUUGGAAAGUGGGAAAGGAGCUGAUGUUACUUUUCAUGUUGAUGGAGAAACAUUUCCUGCUCACAAAUUGGUUCUUGCAGCUCGUUCUCCAGUUUUCAGGGCGCAGCUUUUUGGCCCCUUGAAAAACCAAAAUACCGAAUUCAUAAACGUAGAAGACAUGGAAGCCCCCAUUUUCAAGGAUUUUCUGUUUACGAGUGUACAAUCCGGGACCUUCUCCUGGGGCGCUUCUCUUGUUCUCAGUUAUUACUCACCCGGGAUAAGAACCUAUAAAGCUGUGAUGGAAACGGAUGGGUUUGAUUAUCUGAAGGAAAGCUGCCCGAGCUUACUAAGUGAGCUACUGGAAUAUGUGGCGAGGCUGAGUGAGCAUUCUUUAACAUCAUCGGGGCAUCGAAAGGAGUUAUAUGCCGAUGGUUGUGACGUGAAUGGGAGACGAGUGAAGCAGCGGUUACAUUGA